UCACAAACUUCAGUUUUAACAAAGACUCCGAGUUUCCGGCAUCCCGACCGAUAGCAGUGCUUGUACAGAACGGAGUUCCACUUUGAUUACUGAAGUGAAUUUCUUCUGAGAAUUCAAAUAAUAAUAGCAACAUGUCCGCGUGGAGACAGGCUGGUCUUAAUUACAUCAACUAUUCUCAAAUUGCUGCAAAGCUUCUUCGUCAAGCUUUGAAAGCUGAUUUGAGGGUAGAAGCCCUAAAGCGUGAUGAAUCUGCAAUUAAGUUCACUCAGUGGAAAGAUGGAAAACCAAUCACUGAGAAAUACUAGAUAAAAAAAUGAAGAGCACCUAGAUCCUUGUAUCACAGAUGGAUAGAAGAAUUCGUCCGCUAUAUACACAUUAACAACAGUUAACUUAUGUAUUACGAUGAUCCCUGUCGUUAAGUAAAAUAAAAACUUCAUUCGCACCCA